GCGUGUAUGUGUGUGAUUGAGAGAGAGCGAGAGAGAGAGAGAGAGAGUGUGUGUGUAUGUGUGAGUGUAUGUGUGUGUCAGCCGUACCCAUCAUGGCCCCUGAGCAGCAGCUGAUCAGACGGACCGCCGCUCCGCCAUCCUCCUCCAGCGAGCAGCGGCACCGGUGAAGAGGCUCCAUGUGUCCCCCAUCCUCGGUCAGAUAUCUGAGCAAGAGGGCCGCGCUCCAGCCGCCCAGCGCGAACAUGAACAAGGAUUAUUCCAUUAAUCUAUCGGUGCAGCAAGUGCUCAGCCUGUGGGUCCAGGGCACGGUACCGACCCUACAGCACUUCACAGGUACGUUCGCACGAGGAGAAAGACCCGGUGAAACGGGCUCUUGUGUCUCAUCCAGCCGCGCGCACACGCCUCUCCACGCCGGCAGACGCACGAGCAUCCCAUCUGAACAAGAGAUGUGGUACUGGGUGUUCCUGUGGUGUCUAUUCUCGUCUCUGUUCGUUCACAGUGCCGUGGGUCUGCUGAUGUGUGUGACGCUGCAGCGUCAUAAGAGAGGACGGAUCAUCACACUGGUGCUCAUCAGCGUGGGGUUCCUGGCCUCUCUCACCGGCGGGGUCAUCACUAGUGCAGCGGUGGCAGGUGUGUAUCGUGUGGCAGGGAAGGACAUGGCUCCUCUCGAAGCUCUGGUGUUCGGGGUGGGCCAGACCGCUUUCACCGUCAUCAUCUCAUUCUCACGGAUCUUGGCCACUCUUUAAACGGGCUAAAAGCGUUAUUGAUCGACACACCUAGCAGCCAAUCGGCCGGCGGAGGAGCCAAGGUUGAGGUGAGUGGGGUUAAACCGCAGAAGUUUUGUCUGCGGUGCAAAGCGAUGAGCUUUAGGAGUCACCGAUGGCCGACGGACCACUAUAUGACACCCUCUUGGAGAUUUUAACAUUUCAAGAAGCAAAAACAGCAUUAUAGGCCAACGACUAAACUCUCUCAACGUGCCAACCGCCUCGAUGGAGGAUUGAGACGACUCUCCGGAUGUCUGUUUGUCUUCGUUAAACGUUUGUUUCGUUUUUUUGCACACGGAUCGCUUCAGCUUUACGUAAACUGGCUGGUUUUGGAGCCGUAGCUGGGCUGUCAGGCCGAGAUGGAUGCAUCGAAAUCAUCCUCUAAUAAUUUGACUGUCUGUCCGUCAUCAAACAUUUGAUCAAUUCUGCUCUGCUGAACGGCCCAAAAAGCGUUCCUGUUUUGUAUUAUUAUAGACUUUCCCUUUGGUCCAGCGGUAUUACCAUGUCCAGUUUUCUUUUUCCACUUUGCACUUUCUGCAUUUUGAAAACCGUCCAAAAGGUGUAAGAUCUAUACGCUGGGAUGCAAUAUGGACAUUAAUUUAAGGAGUUUUAAGUGUAAUCUGGUCUCUUUUAAUGAAUAUCAAUUUAUCCAUAAUGGAAAAAUGCCUUAUUAUAAUAUGGUAACGCAUCAGUAUCAAUAUUUAACUGUGGUAUUUAAUCAGUUGUCAGUUUUAAAACGAAGACAAGUAUUCGAAAAGUCACUAUGGACUACAACGUCUUGUUCUGUGUCAGGAUGUGAUGUAAUCCACCAACUGCGAUUAUAUCUUGGAAACAUUCAAAUCUGA